AGAGUGCACCCGAAUCCACGGGCUCGGAGGCAGCAGCCAUCUCUCGGCCAUAAGGCAGGCUGGCGGGCGCCGGGGGCUAUUUUGGGCGGCGGGCUCAGAUGGUGACCGCAAGGGGACCUUGUAAGGCAUUUCCCCCCUGCCUCCCUUCCCCGAGCCUCUGCCCGGGGGUCCUAGCGCCGCUUGCUCAGCCAUCCCUCCUAGAACUUGGCCAUCCACACCCGGAUCAUCUGAUCGCGUGCGCCCGGGCUACGAUCCGUGAGGCCCGCGGACCUUGACCCGGCAUUGACCGCCACCGCCCCCCAGGCCAGUAGGGACCAAAGAAGGGGCGGGGGGAAGACUGUCACGUGGCGCCGGAGUUCACGUGACUCGGAGUACACAUGACUUCCAGUCCCCGGGCGCCUCCUGGAGAGCAAGGACACGGGGGAGCAGAGGUGAGCUGGCACCGGAGGCUGGAGGGGAUCCCCGAGCCCGGGAUCGAUGAUCCGAGCCGCGCCGCCGCUGCUGUUCCUGCUGCUGCUGCUAGUGUCCUGGGCGCCCCGAGGCGAGGCAGCCCCGGACCAGGACGAGAUCCAGCGCCUCCCCGGGCUGGCCAAGCAGCCGUCCUUCCGCCAGUACUCCGGCUACCUCAAAGGCUCCGGCUCCAAGCACCUCCACUACUGGUUUGUGGAGUCCCAGAAGGAUCCCGAGAACAGCCCUGUGGUGCUUUGGCUCAAUGGGGGUCCCGGCUGCAGCUCCCUAGAUGGGCUCCUCACAGAGCAUGGCCCCUUCCUGGUCCAGCCAGAUGGUGUCACCCUGGAGUACAACCCCUAUUCUUGGAAUCUGAUUGCUAAUGUGUUAUAUCUGGAGUCCCCAGCUGGGGUGGGCUUCUCCUACUCCGAUGACAAGUUUUAUGCAACUAAUGACACUGAGGUCGCCCAGAGCAAUUUUGAGGCCCUUCAAGAUUUCUUCCACCUCUUUCCGGAGUAUAAGAACAACAAACUUUUCCUGACCGGGGAGAGCUAUGCUGGCAUCUACAUCCCCACCCUGGCCGUGCUGGUCAUGCAGGACCCCAGCAUGAACCUUCAGGGGCUGGCUGUGGGCAAUGGACUCUCCUCCUAUGAGCAGAAUGACAACUCCCUGGUCUACUUUGCCUACUACCAUGGCCUUCUGGGGAACAGGCUUUGGUCUUCUCUCCAGACCCACUGCUGCUCUCAAAACAAGUGUAACUUCUAUGACAACAAAGACCCGGAAUGCGUGACCAAUCUUCAGGAAGUGGCCCGCAUCGUGGGCAACUCUGGCCUCAACAUCUACAACCUCUAUGCCCCUUGUGCUGGAGGGGUGCCCAGCCAUUUUAGGUAUGAGAAGGACACUGUUGUGGUCCAGGAUUUGGGCAACAUCUUCACUCGCCUGCCACUCAAGCGGACGUGGCAUCAGGCAUUGCUGCGCUCAGGGGACAAAGUGCGCAUGGACCCCCCCUGCACCAACACGACAGCUGCUUCCACCUACCUCAACAACCCGUACGUGCGGAAGGCCCUCCACAUCCCGGAACAGCUGCCGCAAUGGGACAUGUGCAACUUUCUGGUAAACUUACAGUACCGCCGUCUCUACCGAAGCAUGAACUCCCAGUAUCUGAAGCUGCUUAGUUCACAGAAAUACCAGAUCCUGUUAUAUAACGGAGAUGUAGACAUGGCCUGCAAUUUCAUGGGGGAUGAGUGGUUUGUGGAUUCCCUCAACCAGAAGAUGGAGGUGCAGCGCCGGCCCUGGUUAGUGAAGUAUGGGGACAGCGGGGAGCAGAUUGCCGGUUUCGUGAAGGAGUUCUCCCACAUCGCCUUUCUCACGAUCAAGGGCGCCGGCCACAUGGUUCCCACUGACAAGCCCCUGGCUGCCUUCACCAUGUUCUCCCGCUUCCUGAACAAGCAGCCAUACUGAGGACCACAGCAACCAGCUCCACGGCCUGAUGCAGCCCCUCCCAGCCACUCCUGCUAGGAGAGUCUUCUUCUAAGCAAAGUGCCCCUACAGGCCAGGUUCUGCCUUCAGGACUGCCCCCUUCCCACAGCCCUGUGCAUCCCAGACUGGGCCAGGGUCUCCCACAGACAGCCUGGGGGCAAGUGAGCACUUUAUUCCCAUAACAGUUCCUGAAUGGGGUGGCCUGGCCCCCUCUCUGCUUAAAGAAUGCCCUUUAUGCACUGAUCCCAUCCCAGGAACCCAACAGAGCUCAGGACAGCCCACAGGGAGGUGGUGGACGGACUGUAAUUGAUGGAUUGACUGAUUAUGGAAUUAAAUUGGGUACAGCUUCAAA